CCUGGGUCACAUGCAAGAGAGCUGAACCCAUACUUCAAGAAUGGUGGGACUGGUUUGCCUGAAGAAGAAUCGCAGCAAAACGCUUCAGUCGGAUUGGACGGCGCUUGGCUACGCAGAGCUCUCCAGCGUGCAAAGGAGCAAGCUGAGAAGGAAAACAAAUCUUUGGAGGAAGUUGCUGCUCAAAGAUGGGGUUCCCUUGCCAAAUUCCAUGAGCUAUUAGCAGAAGCAGAAGGGAGAGGGAGGAGUCACCAGGGUGACCCAUGGCAACAGGGAAGAUGGAAUCGAGACAGGAGUUUGAGCAGAGAAAGGAGAAGAGACAGACUGGAUGAUAGGCACAGUGACCGAAGGAGGAGUCGAAGCAGAGAGAAGAGUAGAAGAGAUCAGAGGAGCAGAAGUCGAGAGAGGCAAAGGAGGAGUAGAAGCAGAGAGAGAAGGAAUAGCAGAAGUAGAAGCAGAGAUAGGCAAAGAAGAAGCAGAAGCAGAGAACACGACAGGAAGAAAGAAAAAAGUAGACAUAGAAUAUACAGCAGUAGCUCCAGCAGCACUGAUAGUGAAAGUGACAGCAGAAGCAGGAGUGGAAGCAGAAAUAGGGAAGUUAUGAGAAGACCUAAGGAUAGCAAAGAAGAAAGAGAAGGUGGAAUAAGGAAUAUAAAAGGUCUCUUAAAACCUCCAUGUGAUGAUUCUGUUCAUGAUAAACAAUCCUCCAGUCUUGCUUCAAGGUUUCAGAAACCAGGGGAAGGAAACAGUUUUAGAAGUAUGGGCACAGCGUCCUCUAGCAGUUCACGAGGUUGGCAGAAGAAACAAAAGCCACAAGAGCAGAGGGAGAGGGAAAGAACUGCUAGUAGAAAGCCAGUUUCUUCUUCAUCUUCAUCCUCAUCUUCGAGCGAUUCUGAAGAGGAACCCCCACAAAAAGUUGAAAAUAUACAAGAAAAAGAACGAGUAGUAGAAACUGUCACUGAAGGACCAGCCCCUCAAGCAAGAUUGUUGACAGACAAGGAAAUGAAUGAGUUAGCAGCAAAGAUUAUGAAGGCAGAACUUAUAGGGAAUGAGGCACAAGCAGUAAAACUCAAAAAGAAGCUUGAAGUAGCUCGUGCAGUUAGGGCCAAUGCUCCACCUGGAAGCAGGGAAGACAAUGAAGCCCAAACAAAGGAGGAGGUUGUUGUCUUGACGAGGAUGGAUUCCAGAGGUGUUUGCAGGCCUGUAUCAGGGUCAGUUGAAGAAAGUGAUGGAAAGAGGAAAAAGAAGAUGAAAACUCAUGGCAAAGAUGGCCAGAGAACAAAAUACUUCCCCGAUGACGAUCAGUAUGACCUCAAACGCAUGUUUGAGAAAGAGAAGGGUACCUCAGCUGCAGAUCAGAACUCGCUCUUUGAACGAUCAGCAAUGCAGAAUACCGAGAAACUCAAUGAAGAGUAUGAUCUGGACGACAUGUUCAUGAGUAAAGCUGUUCAAAAGGAGAGUUCUGCCAAACAAGCUGAAAGAGAUCGACAGAAGGCCAUUGAUGAGCACAAGCGUUCUGAGAGGUCGUUAGAAUCCUGCCAGUGGUGCUUUGACAAUAAGGAGAUGCCAAAGCAUUUGAUUGUUGCAUUAGGUAAAAAGGCAUAUAUAUGUUUGCCUCCCCACCAGUCUCUGACUCCUGGUCACUGUUUGAUUGUGCCAAUUCACCAUAUUGCUUGUUCUGUUCAAGCUGAUGAAGACCUUUGGAGUGAAAUUCAGGACCUCAGGAAAUCUCUGGUCAGAAUGUUUAAUUCUCGUGAUGAAGACUGUGUAUUCUUUGAGACAGUGAAACGGCUGAGAAAUUAUCCACAUAUGGUUAUCAACUGUGUGCCUUUGCCAAAAGAAAUGGGUGAUAUGGCUCCCAUUUACUUUAAGAAAGCAAUUAUGGAGUGUGAAGCAGAGUGGGCACAAAACAAGAAAUUGGUUGACUUGAAGAACCGCAGUGUACGUUCAGCAGUGCCCAAGGGAUUGCCAUACUUCUUUGUUGACUUUGCCAUGGAUCCUGGAUAUGCUCAUGUUAUUGAAGAUGAGCAGGACUUCCCGCAUAACUUUGCUCAAGAAAUUGUUGGAGGGAUGUUGGACUUGGAGACCAACCUGUGGCGAAAACCACGCAAAGAGAAUUUUGAUCAACAAAGGAGGAAAGUGAUGGAGUUUAACAGUUGGUACAAGGAAUUUGAUCCAACACAAGAUAAAUAAAUAUUUAUUAAUGCAGUACGUUUUUAUUUUUAUCUGUGUUUUUAAGAGUUAAAACUUUUAUAAUAGGAGAAAUAAAAAUGGUCAAAUU